UUGCGGCCUGUUUAGUGUCCAUAAUGGGUGGUUCACCUCUCCCUAGCCCUAUUCUGAUUGGUCCAGACAAGGCCUACCUGAACUCCAAGGUGGUGUUCCAAUGUAGGUCACCUGGGUCUCCUCCACCAAACACAUACGAGCUCCUGAAGGACGGCAACCACCUGGUCGCCACGAGCAACGACCUCCAAGACGACCAAUCGGCUAUGUUCUUCCUGAAGAUCUCUGUGACGUCAGAAGGAUCGUACCACUGCAGGGUGACGGCAGGUGGAAACAUGGGCCUCAGUGGAACAGUCCGCCUGCAAGUAGUGAUCCCUGUCUCAGGCACUAUGGUGACUUCUGACCCUGAUCCUCCCAUUCUCUACGAGGGGUUGCGGCUCACUCUCACCUGUGAUGUCACCAAGGGCUCCCACCUCUCCUACACCUGGUUCUACAACAGACAGGAAGUGACAUCAUCUCCAACCUCACCUUUGACCCCGCUUCUGCUCUGGCCGGUGGGGAACACGCUGGUAGUGGAGAGGGUCACAACAAAGCAUGCUGGGAAUUAUUCGUGCAUUGCCGGGACCAGGAUGCAGACCAACAGCAGGUUCUCCAGCAGCAGAGAGAUCACGGUCAGGAUCAAAGUCUAUCUCUCCGUACCCCAAAUAUCUUUCACCAUCUCCAAAGAGGGUUCGAGUUACCACGGCAAUGUGACCUGCAGGUCGUCAAGGGGAACCCCUCCCGUGACCUUCUACCUCUUCCUUGACGACAAGGAGGUGGGUUCCGACGUGGCAACGGAGUCGCUGGUUGCCUGGUUCCCCGUUGCCAUAGUUCCCGGGCGUGACAUGGGCGCGGUGCGGUGUGCAGUGGAGAGUGAUGCACAGAGACUGACCAGCAGACCCCUGACUCUGGUAGUGGUCCCAGUAGGAGGCGCACCAAAGGUGGAUGUGGAGUACCUUUACAGGGUUGAUUCCAAGAUGGCCUCCGCUCGUCUCCAAUGCCUCCUGAGCCUUGGGACCUUCCCUUUCUUCUCCUGGUCCCUCAACGGCUCCCUCCUCCUUCACCCCUCUGAGGGAGACUCCUCUCACCCAUCUCACGCCCUGGCGGACGGAGGGCGCACCCUAUUCCUCACCGAGAUCACCCUAGAGGACUCUGGGUAUUAUCGGUGCAGGGCAAGGGACAGUUAUGACGUAACGUCCGCCUGGGUGGAAAGCCAACCUGUCCUUGUGCAGGUCACAGAAGUUGCCACGACAACCAUAGAGGUCAUGGCCAUAGUGUUCUGCUGUUUCCUCAUGCUGACCCUGGCAGGGGGUGUGGCCUGUGUGAUGAGGAUGCUCAACCGCCAACGAGACGUUGUUGCAAGCAGCGAGCAGAGAGCGAGAGCGAGAGCGGCGAAGUGA